GCGCCGUGUCGGCUGCAGCGGCGGCUGCCGGUUUGGGGCGGUGGGUCGCGGCCACAGCUGUUGGCGACGUUUGUUCGUCGACCGCGCCGCGAGCCCUGCAUCUGGCCAGCUGACGAAGCAGCCGUCACCCUCCACUCGGCACGCCCCAGAGUCACCCCUAAGGACGCACAGUUGUCACAGAGCACGAGGGUACAGCGCCGAGGAGAAGUUGUCACCGCAAAGUGGGCGCGCGCCGGCGGUCGGUGACUGCUGGUGGCAGACGGCCGGUGGCCGGCAGCUUCUGCUGCGCCCGCGGCAGGAAGUGGAGCAGCGGCGAGCACAUGGACUGGCGGCGGCGGCGGUGGCGGCGCUAGCGGGCGCUGACGUCACAGCGUCGCGCCGCGGCGGCCGGCGGCGGCUGGCGCACUAGCGCGAUGGGCCGGCGCGGACUCUGCCGGCUGCCGCUGCCGCUGCUGCUGCUGCUGCCGCCGUUGCUGCUGGGCCGCGCCGCCUCGGCAGGCGGCGGGAAGCUGGGCUCGGCGUGCAGCAGGAACCACGAGUGCGCAGUCCGCGUCGCCUACAGCGAGUGCCGCGAGAGGCGCUGCGUCUGCCGCGAGAACCUGCUCGCCUCGGCCGACGAGUCGCGCUGCCUGCCGCCGCUGAAGCUGCGCUACCGCUGCGAGGAGCAGGUGCAGUGCGCCGGCGUGCCGCACGCCGCCUGCCUGCCGGACGAGCGCGGCUACCAGCACUGCCUCUGCAAGCCCGCCUUCGUGCUGUACGCCGACCGGUGCCUGCCCAGGGUGACGCUGCGAGACGCGUGCGAGCUGACGGCGCAGUGCGGCAAGAACAUGGUGUGCGAGGCCGGCAGCUGCGUCUGCAAGGGGUUCGCCUACGAGCUCCACCGCCAGUGCAUCGUCGACCCAGACGAUUAUGUCGGACUAGACAGUUCAAGUAAUCAACUGCUGUCUUCACUUUUCCUGAUAUUAGUCUCUUUACUUCCACUAUUGUGAUGCAGUAAUGUUUCCCAGCACUGGAAAGUGAGAUAAAUCAGUGUACAAGAAUGCUCCAAAAUGUUGUUUGAAAUUUUGUGGAUGCACUGGGAAGAAUUUGGACUAUUCAAAGUGUUUGGUGUGAUACAGACUUUUUUAUUGGCUCUGAGUUUAACAGAGCAUGUAACUGUUGUUUGUAAAGAAAUAUGUGUGAUUUGUAUAUUGUCACAAAGUUUAUAGCCACGUAUUUGUUACUAGUCACUGCCACAAACCACAGAAUAAAUAUAC